CAGUUUUCAUAAUUCAGUUGAAUAUUGGUAUUAUGUGCAACACAACAGAUGUAAAAUGUCAAUAAUUAAUAUUUUAGUUGCGAUUGUUUUGAUUUUAAUUUUUGUUAAAUUUGUUUUUUGGGUUUUGAGUUAUCGUGAUCGUCUUGCAAAAUGGCGACAAUUUCCUGGGUCAACUUCAUGGCCUGUUAUUGGACAUUCUUUGGAAUUUAAAACACCAAAAGAUAUUUUACCACAAGCUUUGAAAUAUCAAAAACAAUAUGGUUUGACAUUCCGUGUCCAACUCGGAAAAGUCCACACUUUAUUCACGGCAGAUCCACGUUUAAGCGAAAUAAUCACAACCUCACAUACGUUAAUCAAAAAAUCGCUCGGUGUAACCUUCAUGCGCAACUGGCUUGGAGAAGGAUUAAUCACCGCAGACAAUCCAAGAUGGAAGAUACACCGUCGCCUCAUCACUCCGACAUUUCACUUUAAAAUCUUGGAGGAUUUCGUGCCGAUAUUCAAUAAAAACGCUAAACAUCUAGUGAAUUUCAUGAAAGACAACCGAAUGAAUGAAGAAUUCGAUGUUUAUGAAGAUAUUGUGUUGUGUUCAUUGGACGCCAUCUGUGAAACUGCGAUGGGAAUCUCAAUUAAUGCGUUAAAAGAUGGAAAUCAGUCUAAUUACGUGAAAAGUGUUAAAUUCAUGGGUAAAAUCCUUAUGAGACGCUCAUUUUCCUUCUGGAAACAGUACGACUUCCUGUUUAAUAUGUCAUCCGAACGCAAACAAGAAUUAAAAAUGAUAGAUCACAUCCGUAAAAUUACCGACAGCGUAAUUAAAACCAGAACUGAAGAGUUUCGCGACAGAAACAACAAAAAAAGUGAGGAUUAUUUAGGAAGGAAGAAGCACGAAGCAUUUUUAGAUCAUUUGUUAGCUGAAUUGGAACAAAAUGGCGGAAUAAUGUCCCAUCAAGAACUGCGAGAGGAAGUAGACACGUUUAUAUUCUCCGGUCAUCAUACUGUAUCUUCAGCUAUAUCUUUUGCUAUUCACUUCUUGACAAAGCAUCAAGAUAUCCAACAACGUGUCUACGAUGAAAUAAUUCAAGUUUAUGGGUCAGAAAGUGAAUUAACCUUUGAUAAACUAGCAGAAUUGAAAUAUUUAGAGUUGGUUAUUAAGGAAACAUUGAGGUUAUGUCCGUCAGUUCCGUUACACUCACGUGUCAUGACAGAAGACGUCCAUUUUGAUGGAAAAAUUAUUCCGAAGGGAGUGCAUGUUGUUUUGUUUCUUUAUGGUUCUCACAGGAAUGAUAAAAUUUUUAAGAAUCCAGAACAAUUUGAUCCUGAUCGAUUUUUAGAUGAUGAUUUAACGAAAAAUGCAUUGUUUGCUUAUUUACCGUUUAAUGCAGGUCCUAGGAAUUGUAUUGGGCAAAGAUACGCAAUGACAAAGAUGAAGUGCAUUCUGAGUAUACUUUUGAAAGAAUUUAAGUUUACUAAGGACGAGAAUUUUGAAAUUCAACCGAUUGCUGAAGGUGUACUGAAAAGCAUCAAUGGAGUUCGUGUAAAAAUUGAACUUCGCUAAACUAGUAUAUUACGAUAUUUUUUCUACUUCCACUCUAUUUCCACGUUUUGCUUGUUGUAUUUGAACUUUUUUAUAAACUUUGAGCUGCGUUUGCACACUACUCAAAAAUUUAAGGUUAUAAAUACAUGCGAAUUGGUUUGACUCUCGGCGCAUGGCAUAUCAUAUGGUGUUGUGUUGCACCGUAAGCAAAUACACAAGCUCUAACCCGUGACUAAAGCCCGUGACUAAAGUACUUUAAAAUUUGUGUAUUUUAAAACUUUUUUAUAAAACUAAAAGUCUGUCAGUCAGUCAAUAGGCAAAUGCGCAGACGCAAACUCCAAUCCGUAUCUAAAACCCGUGACUAAAGUACUUUAGUCACAUCUUUGGCCGUUCGUGUUCAAAAUACAACUUUUUGUCUCUAAAAACCGUGAAAAAAGUCACGCUUUAAAGGUGGAAGUAGAAAAUAAAUAUUUACUUUCUAAUUUGUUUAAGUUAAGUUUAAGGCUUAAACUUUAAGCAAAGAAUGUCAAACAUAAAAUUAUAAUUACAUCACAACACUAAUUUUAAAUUUGGAAAUUGAAAUUGAAAUAAAUGGUUUAAUUGCGUACAAA